CGUCAUCUGCUAGCUCGCAUUUCAGAUUUACAGUACAGAUUUACGGAAAACAACUACGAUCCGUUAUACGCUACAAAUGUUUUGAAACGCCGUAUAGACCAAUCAUGUUCUUUUCUCAAGCAUUUUAAAACAUUUACAGCGUCUAGUGGAUCAUUCUCGUUAAAUGGAAAUCAUGGUGAAAGUAGAAGUUCCGGUAGGGGAAAUGCAGGUUCCGCCACAAAAAUAUAAAACUACAAAUGGAUUUGAAUUUCUUCAACUGCCUCAACUGCCACUUGAGCAAAUAGGUUAUCCUCAAGCCCAGAACUGGAUUGAACACAGAAAAGCUAACAUUCGACCAUGGUCAUUAUUUGUCAAUACAAACAAUAUUAGACCACCUCCUAAUAUAACAAGAUUGAGUAAACGAAUUGUGAAGAACAUUGAAUACUUUCAAAGCAAUUAUCUAUUUGUAUUUGUUGGGCUUGUCAUCUAUUGCUUGAUAACUUCACCUCUAUUAUUAUUAACUGUUGUUGCGUCCCUUGGAAUAUGCUACAAGCUUUCUCAGCGGCAUUCUAAACAAGAGCUAACAAUAUUAAAUAUGAAACUGACUUUAGCACAGGUAUAUUCCUUAGUUGGAAUUUGUUCGCUGCCUGUAUUUUACUUAGUUGGUGCACAUGCAGCUGUAUUUUGGGUACUUGGAGUUUCUUGGUUUUUGAUAACUCUUCAUGCUGCUUUUUAUAACAUUGAUGCAGUAUUAUGUCCAGGAGAAGAAGAAUUGAAUGCAUUGGUUCAAGUAGUGUGAUCUGUUAAAUUAUUCUAUAUUUUGUAGAAGAAUAGUUUAUAUAUAAACAUAAAAAAAUAUGUACAUAUAUAUAUAUAUAUAUACACACAAUGUCCAUGAUAUACGUAAUUAAACAUUUAAAGUGACUCCUUU